UUUCUGUACGGUACUCUGCUCCUCCUUGUUGCAUGGGAGAAGUUACGAGCAAUGAAAAGGUAGCAGCAGUGCUUUGUUUUUCUCCUCUUCCUUCUUCUUCAUCAUAUGAAGAAGGGAUCAUAAUUUCAUGGUAGAAGCUGAAGAAAGGCCUGUGGAUGCGUGAGACGUUGACAUGGAAAUCAUUGAAAAGUCAAGGUGGAAAACAAGGAAGCGGUGGUGUACGUGUCGGACUUGACGCCCCGGAAAUUUACGGGAUCCCGAUGAGUCACUGAGACUUUCAUUUCCUCGUGCCCCGAAAUUCCAUCUCGUGCCCCGAAAUUCCAUCCUCUGCCAAUUUUCUGCCUUCCUGCACACGGCCAACACAGAGAGAGAAGUGCUUUUCGAUGGGUCGAAUAAGUUAGGAGUGACAGUACCAUGCUCGCUUCUCUGCCAAAAUGCACUGGUGGAGAGGCGGCAGGAAGGACUGCUCUUCUCCCCAUUCUGGAUUGUCUCCUACUUCUUCUUCUUCCUCUUCCUCUUCCUCUGCGCCGUCCCCAGUUUCACCGAGCCAUAGACGUAGAGCCAAGGACGAGAAGCUAUCUCAGUCUCUCCAACACUCUAAGCAACCGGCUAGAAAGCUAACCAGGCAACGGAAACUCCGGUACCCUACAGUCCCCGAAUUCAGUCUAGAACCUCCGAACUCCGAUCUCCGAUCACCAACCAACUUCGAUGUGUCUUCGUCGGACGAAGACCUUCCUUUGCUGGAAGUCAGUGGGUUUCUUCAGACGGGCCACAGAGUCUCGCCAUGGAAGUCGAGUUGUCACCCUCUCCCAUCGCCAGGAGAAGUGGGUGGAAUCCUCCAUCACACCUCUGUCUCCGAUUCUGAGACUAAUCGAUUUGAAGCCAACAGAAGAAGUGCUUCAACUAGUUGUGUAUCAAGCUCCAACCCAAGUCCUCAAAGCUUGACUUCUGGAGAUACACUUCCAUCUUAUGAAUGUUUUCAAGGACAUCAGGUUGGGUCGCCUCAGCAAAAUCAGGAGGACUCUCCUUUUCAUAGCCCAACAAGGAGAGAUUCUGUCUUGAAUUUCAAAAAUCAUAAUGAAUUAGUUACUGUGGUGCACCCAAAAUUGACUAUGGAGAGCAACUCAGUUUCAGUUAAGCAUGAGGUUAACCAACCUAUGGUUGUUCAUCCACUGCCGCUUCCUCCAAAAGCAGCAGCAUCAGGACCGUCAUCUUUUGUGCAGCAACCAGGAGCAGUCCCAAGCCUCACAUCAAGAACAAGGAGCUGGCAAAAGAAGCAUCUUAUUGGAAGUGGUACAUAUGGGAGAGUCUAUUUUGCUCUGAAUAGUCAAACUGGUGCCACAUGUGCAAUGAAGGAGGUAACUCUAAUUCCGGAUGAUCCAAAAUCCUCGGAAUGCAUAAAACAGCUGGAACAGGAAAUAAAUACUCUUACCCAACUUAAACAUCAAAACAUUGUGCAGUAUUAUGGAAGUGAAAUAGUUGAUGAUAGUUUCUACAUAUAUAUCCAGUAUUUUCCUCGUGGUUCAAUCAUAAAAGUGAUUCAGGAGUGGGGUGGUGCCCUUCCAGAACAGGUUGUCCGCAGCUUCACUCGUCACAUUCUUUCGGGUUUGGCAUACUUGCAUAGAGAAAAUGUUGUCCACAGGGAUAUCAAGGGGGCAAACCUACUGGUUGACACUGAUGGUAUUGUUAAACUUGCAGACUUUGGGGUGGCAAAACCUUUAAAAGGGGAAAUUUUACCACAAUCGAUGAAGGGUUCUCCAUAUUGGAUGGCUCCAGAGGUCCUGAUGCAGAAAGAAACUGGAUAUGACCUUGCUGUUGAUAUUUGGAGUUUGGGUUGUACCAUCAUUGAGAUGGUGACAGGGAAACCUCCAUGGGGUGAUUUAAAUUGGGCUGCAGCAAUGUUUAAAGUCACAAGAAAUGAAACCCCCCAUAUUCCAGACAAUUUGAGUUUGGAGGGUAAGGAUUUCCUUUGUCGCUGCUUGCAAGUUAAUCCAACUGACAGAGCAACAGCAGUAGAGUUGCUUGGACAUUCAUUUGUCGGAGGCUCCCUUCAUCAAGAAAUUUCUAGUUAUCAUGAGACAGUUUUACUUAUGAAAAAGCUGCAUGUAUCAAAUAAGUUGACAACAAACCAGACUUUGACGACGUUGCCAAGAAAGCAGCAGGUGAAGCAAAAGAAGAUAUGGGAAAGCCAAAGCAAUCAUGGGGGUGCUGAACAUCAGAGAAAUCUGUCAGCCCCAUCUCUUUCUCCUUGCUUUACGCUUGAGAAUCUUCCUAGUCUGUCUUCUUUACGUACAAAUAAGAACAUAUAUAAUGUUGGUCCUGUGAACAUGGAAACAGCUCUAAAUCUUGCUUGCAGGACUGAUCCUGAACAUCAAGCAUCCUGCCACUAGUGGCAAGGACCGGUGGUUGUGUUUGCUAGGUUGUAACAUCUGUAACCUUAUAGUGGAUACUGGACUUACUGUAUCACGCACCACGAUGUCUUCAAAAUUUGCACGUGGUCGGUGAUGUCCAAUUCUUCGUUUGGCAGGGCUUACCUUUCAUUCUACAGUUUUCCCACCUUAGUCUCGUCUUUUAUUUCUGAUUGUUUUGAAUAUUCCAACCAACAAGGAGAAGAACAUGAUUAUUGGUUCCGGAAGACAAUUGAAUACAGAUCUGUGUACAUUAUAACCA